AUGCACAUAAACAUCAAUUCACUCCGAGAUCAUUUCACGCAAGUACGUGAUUUAUUGACGACGCAAAACAUCGAUGUACUAUCGCUGGUCGAGUCAUGGAUGACUCCCAAUCUACCGUCGACAAUGUGCAAUAUACCGGGCUACAAGCUCAUCAGAAACGACCGUGGUUUAUUGGCAACUGCAGCUAAGCGCCGACGCAAGCAUAACCGAAAGCGAAAAUUCAAAUACAUGCAAGGUGGUGGUAUUGCCGUUUAUAUCCGCAAUGGGAUCCCUCAUCGUAUACUGCACGCUCCUCAGAUAGUCACACUGAACGAGACUGAGUGCCUCUGGAUGGAAAUCGGCAGUGGAAAACAGAAGCUGCUCUUUGGAGCUGUCUAUAGAAGACCCGGUGGCUUUUAUUUGAACGAACUGUUCAGCUUCUAUCGCUCGAUGUGUCACCGUGCGUACUGCGGGUCGAUCCUGGCUGGUGACUUCAACGUGGACUUGCUCUCGGACGAGUACGAGACUGCUCAUUAUCGGCACUUGGUCUCGGAGGCUUCGCUUGACAUCGUGCCCUUUGGGGCCACACAUCAUGGCCUCACUUUUGACACCGCCAUUGAUCACAUCAUUGUAGACUCGCUCGAUAAAGUCAUUGCCAGCACCAAGUCCCCGACACCGUUCGCUGCUGCUCACGAUUCCAUCAUGGUCGAAUAUGCGCUCGCUGCACCGUUGCCUCUCUGCAGUGUUGGCAAGUACCGAGAUAGGCGUUGCGUUGCUACACCUGAAUUUGCACUUGAGCUACAAUCUGCUCUCACUUCGGCUCGUGAGAUGUCGGACUUGAACGAGAUGGUCAGUGCUCUUCAGACUGGAAUGGUAGCUACUUUGGACACUUUCGCUCCCUUACGAGCUCGUUCCUCGCGCGCCACAGCGGCCCCGUGGUUCACGCCAGCGCUCCGGGAUAGAUGCAGGUUUCGGGAUGGACUUUAUAAGGCUUACAAGAGAGGUCGGUGUCCGGCUUUGUUGCAGCGGUAUAGAUCACUGCGUCGCGACAUUAAGUGUGACAUAAAACGUGCACGUGAGUCAUAUUUGAUUGGUGGCCUGAGGCGCUGUGAAACGGACUCCCAGAGAUGGUCUUAUUUGCGUCGUAUUGGCCUGUCUGGCCCUCAGCCGCCCUCACCACUCGGCUUCUUCACGGCUGCCAAGCUGCUGGAUCAUUACUGCACUGUGACAACUGCUCAUCCGUGUUGCUCACCUGAACAGUUUGUUCGCAUCACUGAUCUAACUGUUGACGAUGCCAUACCAAGCUUCGAGUUCCGGCCUGUCCAGGAGACGGAGGUCCUGCUUUCACUAACUCAGGUGGNUUUAUGCUUGUUUUAUUUGUAA